AUGGACACACCCCGUCGCGCAUUUGGAAAUUGGGCAAGAUCGCCAAUUCCAAUACCAAUACCGCCGCACACACCUGAAGGCACGGGAUCGUCGUCGAGUAAUUGGUCUUUUGGUUCGAUGUCGGGUUCUUCGAGUGAGUCGAUGGGUUCGUCGGCUUUUUGGAGGACGCCGAGGAGGGGCGGGGAGAAGGUGAGGGAGAGGGAUAGGGAGAGGGGGAGGGAGAGGGAGAGGGAGAAGGUGGAUGGGAAAGGGGGUGGUAGUACACGUCGACUUCUCCGUCUCCUUACAUUCAUAUUCGCAUUCUGUCUCAUAUCGACAUUUCUUUUUUACCUCGACCUUCCUCAUCCAUAUGCAACCUCUUCUGCGCCAUUACCGGACGUUCACUCCCUGGGUUCAUAUACACCCAUCCAACCCAUCUUCCCCAACACAUCCUCGACGUCCCAAAAGCGACAUAAAAAGCCCGAUCCAAUCCAAUGGUUAAAAGAAAACUCCAACAACCGAUAUGCCAUCACCGGGCACCAAAAAUCAUGGGGAGCAAUCCCCAGCGAAUGGCAAAGCCCCCGCCCCAAAGCCGCCCUCAUCAGUCUCGUCCGCAACUCGGAAUUAGAUGGCAUGAAACAAAGCAUGAUGCAGCUGGAAGCGCGCUGGAACUCUAAAUACCAAUACCCGUGGAUCUUCUUCAAUGAUGAACCCUUUACCGAGGAAUUCAUAGCCGCGACGAGCAAUUUGACGAAGGCGAAGUGCUAUUAUGAGGUCGUGCCGAAGGCGUAUUGGGGCGUGCCCGAGUGGGUGGAUGAGGGGAGGUUUAUGAAUAGUUUGGAGUAUUUGGGUGCAAUUGGCGUGGGUAAGGGCUGGAUGGUGCACUUCUUUUGCAAUAUUAAUUAUGACGUCUUUCGCUUCAUGCGAGAUAAUCAUCUGAAAUACGGUUUCAAUAUGAAUAUCCUCGACGACGCCCGUUCGUUUCCAUCUCUGUGGGCUAAAACGCGUGCGUUCGCACGCGCAAAUCCGCAUUUACUUCAUCCGGAAGCGGAUCUUGGUUGGUUACUCGAUGGUGGCGAAUACAAUAAUUGUCAAUUCUUUAGCAAUUUCGAGAUUGGAAGUCUUGGGUUUUGGAGAGGUGAUAUGGAUAUGGAUACAGAUACGGAUGGAGGAAAUGACGGAAAUGGAAAUGGAAAUGGAAAUGGAAAUGGAAAUGGAAAUGGAAAUGGAAAUGGAAAUGGAAAUGGAAAUGGAAAUGGAAAUGGAAAUGGAAAUGGAAAUGGAAAUGGAAAUGGAAAUGGAAAUGAAAAUAGGAACACAGGAGCCCAUGCUAAAUACUUCGACUACCUCGAUCGCAGCGGGGGCUUCUAUUACGAGCGAUGGGGCGAUGCGCCAGUGCACACGCUGAGUGUGGCGAUGUUUUUGAAGAAGAGCGAGGUGUGGUAUUUUGCGGAUGUGGGAUAUAGACAUGGUAUUAAUAGCGUGUGUCCGAGGGGAAGAGAGGGUGAGUGUGCGUGUGGAGGGGGAAAUCUAGAUGAUGGGUUUUAUAAAUUGGUGCCGCUAGAGAGUCCGCAGAGGAAACCUGAGGAUACGUGUAUAAGGCAGUGGUUGGGGGGGAGUGGGUGA